CCAAGAAUCGUUUGCUCAACAUGGCACUCUUUGAACGAAACGUCUCCCCAGUUGGGCCGCCUCAAAUCAUCAACGGCUCGUACUUCAUCCCCGCCAAUAAUGGCUCGUACAUCAAUCCCGACUACUGCACGAACAAAAUAUGCCCGUUGGUCUACGGAGAACUUCGCUAUGUGCCUUCAUUUGCCGGAAAUCUGGCCUAUCUCCUCAUCUUUGCUGCCUGUCUACUUGCACAGGUCGUCCUGGGCCUGCUCUUCCGUACUUGGGGUUUUCUGUUUGGGAUGCUGUUCGGUUGCCUGCUGGAAAUCGCCGGCUACGUCGGCCGCCUCUUGCUGCACAGCAAUGACUUUGAUUUCAACUACUUUGUCAUCUAUCUGGUGUGCAUCACCAUUGCGCCUGCCUUCCUCUCUGCCUCCAUCUACCUCAUUCUCUCCCGCCUCGCCGUGAUUUGUGGAAGCAGAGUCGCCCGCUUCUCGCCGAAAACGUAUACGAUUACCUUUGUCUGCUGCGACAUUCUCAGCCUCGCGCUUCAAGCCACGGGUGGAGGUCUGGCGGCAACGUCGAAGACGGGAGAUCGAACUGGCAUCAACAUCAUGAUUUCUGGACUGGCAUUACAGGUCGCCAGCCUGACAAUGUUUGCGGCCCUGGCUGCAGACCUUCUUUGGGCGGCCCGCAAGGCCAGCCCGCGCACCACGAAUCCUGCGUUUCGCUGUUUUCGGCGGAGCACCAUGUUCCGAUUGUUUCCAUAUGCGCUGGCCCUCGCAACAAUCACAAUCUACAUCCGAUGUUGCUACCGUGUCGCGGAACUCGAACAUGGCUUUGGUGGUUCUCUUGCUAAUAAUCAGCCGCUGUUUAUGGUAUUCGAGGGGCCAAUGAUCUUUGUCGCUAUCCUGGCUCUGACGGCAUUUCAUCCCGGUCUGGCCUUUGGCGGUAAAGAAGGCUGGCGGUCGGCUAAUUGGGCGUGGAAGGGGGAAAGUGAUAGUCCCUCCAGCGAAAGCGAGUUGGUUGAAGUGAUGGCGAAGGGUUCUGCUGCCUGAGGACAGCAAAAAUUGAAUAGAGGUUGAUAACGUUUGCCAUUGCGCUGCUCGUUUCCUCAUCGAGUGCUCUUGAUCUCGUUCCCGGCUGGGAUUGACCAACCAGGUAUCGACCCGAGCCAGCCAAUUGCAAGUUCAAAGGCUGGCAGGCUCGCAGGCAACAGCGGAAUUAUUGGGCCGCAGUCAGCUCA